UAAUUGUCAACGGUCUUUUGCCAUUUUAAAAUUAUUAAAGCUGCUUCGACCGGGGUACUGAUAUGUAGCGUAUUCUGUCCUAGUGUGUUCUAUCCUUUUUUACUAACUGCGAAUAUCCUUGGACAAAGGAACCUUCAAGUCGGUAUCGGGAACACCCUUAUCCCACCCAUACCGACGGGAGUACAAGCGACGCAGCGGCCUUCCUUGUAUCAUUCUCGCUCAGGUAAUAAGCAAGGGGUACAAGAUAGUGACCAAGGUAGGCAUGUAUUCGUGCGUAGGCGUAGAUACCCGCUGUACAUCUGUACAACACUUGCAUGUCUUGCCUUGCAGCCGUCUUGCCAAUCGAAGGAACUCCCCGAGCUGUAAUGCGCUUCUGCCAUAUUUAGGCACGGACACCCGCCCCUGGCAUCGUAGGCACCUUCAUUUUAUUUCUUCUUUUCCCUUGUUGUGUGCAUCAUUCUUUUCCGCCAAAAAAGCAAAAAUUCGCGAACCGUCCGGUUUUUCUGGGACGAGUGUCUCACCCAAAAGAAGCAUCGUCAACUUGCUCUUAUCUGAGGAGGGGAACGAAAAUUAAAAGGGUUCGAGUCGCGUCUUCUUGAUCGCGGCGACGUCAACAUGUCGUCCAGCUUGUACGUCACGCCGUACAAUGGCACCACCGGCGAUGCUGACGCCGGGUAUUCUACCGGUGUCACGGAUUUAAAUCAGUUCUACGAGAGCGGUGAUUUCGCCUGGAUCAUAACCGCCGCCGCCCUCGUCCUGCUCAUGAUUCCCGGCGUCGGCUUCUUCUACUCGGGCCUCGCCCGGCGCAAGUCCGCGCUCUCGCUCAUCAUGCUGGCCAUGCUAUCCAUCGCCGUCGUCGACUUCCAGUGGUUCUUCUGGGGUUACAGCUUGACCUUCUCCCACACCGGCAGCAGCUUCAUCGGCGACCUCUCCAACUUCGGCCUCAUGAAGACCCUCGCCCAGCCCUCCGUCGGCAGCACCAAGGUCCCCGAUAUCCUAUUCUGCCUGUACCAGGGCAUGUUCGCGGCCAUUACGCCAGCCCUCGCCAUCGGCGCAGCUGUCGAUCGCGCCCGCGUCCUGCCAUGUAUCGUUUUCAUGUUCGUCUGGGCCACUAUUGUGUAUGAUCCCAUCGCGUACUGGACCUGGAACGCGAACGGUUGGUCCUUCAAGAUGGGCGGUCUCGACUUCGCCGGCGGUACCCCCGUCCACAUCUCGUCCGGUGCCGCCGCCCUCGCCUUCUCUGUCAUGAUCGGCAAGCGAGCCGGCUACGCCAAGAACGCUGGUCUGCCUUACCGCCCUCACAACGUCACCCAUAUCGUUCUCGGCACCGUAUUCCUCUGGGUCGGCUGGUUCGGUUUCAACGGUGGUUCCGCUCUCGCUGCUAACCUCCGCGCUGUCAUGGCAUGCAUCGUCACUCACCUGGCUGCUUCGGUUGGAGGUAUCACCUGGGUCUUGCUCGACUACCGCCUCGAGAAGAAGUGGUCCGUAGUCGGUUUCUGCUCCGGUGCUAUCUGCGGUCUCGUCGCCAUCACCCCUGCCUCCGGUUUCGUCACUCCCUGGGCCGCCGUGAUCUUCGGCAUCGUGGGCAGCAUCGGCUGCAACUUCGCGACCAAGCUCAAGUUCUACAUGGGUGUUGACGAGGCCCUCGAUAUCUUCGCCGUCCACGCCGUCGGCGGUAUCAUCGGCAACCUGCUCACCGGUAUUUUCGCAGCCGACUACAUCGCCGCUCUCGACGGCUUCACCUCGAUCCCCGGCGGCUGGAUCAACCACAACUACAUCCAGCUGGGUUACCAGAUCGCGGACUGCGUGGCGGGCUUCUCGUACUCGUUCGUGCUCACCUGCGUGAUCCUGUUCCUGAUGAACCUGAUUCCCGGUCUGAGCCUGCGCGUCUCGGCCGAGAACGAGGAGCUCGGCGUCGACGACGACCAGCUCGGCGAGUUCGCCUACGACUACGUCGAGCUGCAGCGCCACACCAGCGACGUCCUCGGCGAGCACGGCGGACGCGCGGGCUCUUCUAAGAGUAGCGACGGACCCGAGAAGAUGGUUUAA